CUCCCUCUCUCUCGCUUUCCAUAUUUAAGAGUGACUCUGUCCUCGUGAUCCAAUGUUCAAAAUUCGACUUUCCUUCUCUAAUUAAUGAUCUCAGAAAAAAUUCAUUUUCUCAGAUCCCACUGCAGAUCUCUCCAUGCCCCAGAUUUUGAAAUCUCAACAAGAAAUUAACUUGAUCAACAUUACUUCUGCCAUUUCUCUAUCAAGAAGAAUCAAGAUUCAACAUUAUAAUUAAUGGCAGACAAACCAAUGAAGCCAGUUCUCCCAAGACCACCAGGUUACAGAGACCCCAAUCACCCGGUAAAAUCUGCCCGGAGACCGCUACCUACAAAGACAUUAGUGCCUCAUUCAUUCCAGCCAAGGAAAAGACGGUCCAGGCAUUGGUGUCGUCUAUGCUUAUGCUGCUUAAUCCUUCUCCUUAUCAUUGUCAUUCUUCUUCUGAUAAUCUCAGGUGGUCUAUUUUACAUCUGGUUCGAACCUAAACUCCCCGUUUUCCACCUCCAGUCUUUUAAAUUCCCCACUUUUAGCGUCACCAAGAAAUCAGAUGGCACGUACCUUAAGGCCAAGAUGGUUGCAAGAAUUGAAGUUAGGAAUCCUAAUGAAAAAAUUAUAUAUCAUUUCGGAGAGUCUAAGGUGGAAACUACAACGGGAGACGAAGAAGUUAAUUUGGGAUCGACGAGCUUGCCUAAGUUCACACAGGAAAAAGGGAAUGCGACGAGUUUGAAAACCGUGACUAAUGUGAACAAUGAGCUGAUUGAGGAUCGAAUUGGAUCCAAGAUUCUUCAUCAGUUCACGAGCAAGAAAUUGAAGGUGAAGAUGAAUGUGAAAACAAGAGUUGGAAUUGGUGUUGCGGGGAUGAAGACAGGGUUGCUGGGGGCGGAAGUUUUGUGCGGAGGUGUAACGUUGAAGGAGACUGAAAGUGGUGAGAUGCCAAGAUGCGUCAUGAAAAUACUUCAAUGGAUCAUCAUCCGCUGACAGUUUAUUGUGUGUGAAGGAUUGAUGGUAUAAAUUAAAAAGACUGGUAGCAUCAAGUUGACGAGGCAAUUCAUGAUUCUAGACAAACACAUGUACCUAUAUCGGAUUCUGCAGCAUGCUAGUUUUAUGCUCUUUAAUGCUUACAAUACACAUAUUCUUUACUUGGAAGAGGAAGAUCAAAGAGCAUCAUUCAACAGUCAAAGUGGGUCCUCGUCUAGACUUUGAUUCCUUCUAUGAUGUAAUAGGAUACAUAAAAAUACGUAAAUGGGGUGGAAUUUAAAUUAUUUGUUUUGUUUUUUGGUGGCUGGACCCGCUCAGUUUUCUAUUUAUAUCUUGUUCACUGUUUUUUUUC